CCACAGUCACCGCCACCACCACAAACCGCGCUCAGUCUUCACCAGAAGCUGAAAAACGCCGCCGCCUUUGCUUCAUUUUCAGUCUCUCAACAACCGCAGACCCGCCGCAAUGUCGAGAAUCUGCGUCAAGAAUCUACCGAAGCACGUCGACGACAAGAAGCUCCGGGAGAUCUUCUCGGAGAAGGGAGAAGUCACCGACGCCAAGCUCAUGAGAACCAGGGAAGGCAAGAGCCGCCAGUUCGCCUUCAUAGGGUUCCGCUCUGAGCUUCAAGCUCAGGAGGCCAUCAACUACUUCAAUCGGACUUUCAUCGAUACCUACCGGAUUAGCUGCGAGCUCGCUAAGAAGGUCGGCGAUCCCGAGAUUCCGAGGCCGUGGAGUCGCCAUACUAAGGAGAAGGAGAAGGAGAAGAAGAAGGAGAGUGAAGGCAAUGCCGUGGCGGCGGAGAAAAGCCGAAAAGGGAGGAGGAGUGAGGAGGAGGAGAUUGAUGAUCCUAAGCUUAAGGAGUUUCUGGAGGUGAUGCAGUCGAGGGGUAAGUCGAAGUUGUGGUCUAAUGAUACUUAUGUCGAUGCGAAAAUCGAGAAGAAGAGAGAGCAAAUGAGGGAGGUGAAGGAGGUUAAGUCGGCGGCGGCGACAGAUGUGGAGGUAGAGGAGGAGGCAGAGGAUGUGGAGAAGGAGGAGUCACACAAUGUGGCCAAGGAUAAUGUGGUUUCGGAUAUGGAUUACUUCAAGAGUAGAGUGAAGAAGGAUUGGUCGGAUUCCGAGAGUAGUGAGAGUGAUGAUGAGGAGGAGGAGGAGAAAGGAGACGAAGAGGCUGAGGUGGAUGAAGAAGAGGCUGGAGAGGAAGGUGUUCAGGAAGAUGAAGAUGGAGAAGUGCUUGCGCAGAGUGAUCCUGCAUCUGUUUCGAAGGAGGAGAAGGAUGAAAUGCUUGAUACUAGUCGGCUUUUUGUUAGGAAUUUGCCAUUUUCAGCAACAGAGGAUGAGUUGGAAGAGCAUUUUAGCAAAUUUGGGGAUGCAAAAGUUCAUCUUGUUAUAGAUAAAGAGUUGAAUCGGUCCAAGGGAAUUGCUUAUGUUCUUUACUCGCAGCCAGAAUCAGCACAAAGGGCACUGGAAGAAUUAGAUGGUUCAAUUUUUCAAGGAAGACUUUUGCAUGUUAUGCCAUCAAAACAAAAGCACCCAGCUCCAGGGGCUGAUGAUUCAGCAAACCAAGCUUCAAAGUCGCUUAAGCAACAAAGGGAGGAGAAGAGGAAAGCAUCAGAAGCUAGUGGAGAUACAAGAGCCUGGAAUAGUUUGUUUAUACGCACUGAGACAGCUGUUGAUCACUUAGCUCGAAAGUUUGGGGUGAGCAAGAGUGAUUUUCUUGACCCUCAAGCUGAUGAUGUCGCCGUACAUGUUGCUCAAGCAGAGACACAAGUGAUUGCACAGACAAAAAAAGCUCUUACAAAUGCUGGUGUAAAUAUAGAAUCUUUAGAGAAUUUUGCUGCCAAGAAAGGUGGUGAUAUGAAAAGAAGCAACCAUGUUUUACUAGUGAAGAAUUUGCCAUAUGGUUCUUCUGAUAGUGAACUAGGAAAUAUGUUUGGGAAAUUUGGGACUUUGGAUAAAAUCAUUAUGCCUCCGACUAAGACAUUGGCCUUGGUUGUGUUUUUUGAACCUUCUGGAGCUCGAGCAGCUUUUAAAGGUUUGGCGUACAAGAAGUACAAGGAUGUUCCUCUGUAUUUGGAAUGGGCUCCUGGCAAUGUUCUUAGUCCAAGUCCAACAGCUGAGAGCAAUGAAAAGAAGAAUUCUGCUGUUGCUGAACAAAAGCAACCGGUGGGAGGAACUCCAGAUGAUCUUGAUCUUGAUCCUGAUAGAGUUGAGUCACGAACUUUGUAUGUCAAGAAUUUGAACUUCAAGACCACUGACGAGAGCUUGAAGAAGCAUUUUGAACAAGUGAAGGAGGGAAGAAUAUUAAGCGCCAAGGUGAAGAAACACAUGAAAAAAGGGAAGAAUCUUUCAAUGGGAUUUGGUUUUGUAGAAUUCGACUCUGUGGAGACAGCCACAGAGGUUUGCAAGGGUUUGCAGGGAACAAUUUUGGACGGCCACCAACUUAUUUUGCAACAUUGUCAUGCCAAGCAAGAUGAUGUGCUGAAAAAAGUUGUGAAGGACAAAAGUUCAACAAAAUUACUUGUAAAAAAUGUAGCCUUUGAGGCUACAAGGAAAGAGCUUCGACAGUUGUUUAGUACAUAUGGCGAGAUCAAAAGCUUACGGUUACCAAAUCGGUUGGGACAGCAUAGAGGCUUUGCAUUUGUGGAGUUUGCCACAAAGCAAGAGGCAGAAAAUGCCAUUCAAGCACUUGCAAGCACUCAUCUGUAUGGUCGCCAUCUGGUUCUGGAGAGAGCAAAGGAAGGUGAAACUCUGGAAGAUUUAAGAGCUCGAGUAGCUGCUCAGUUCACAGAUGACCAAAAUACUGUUUCCAGGAAAAGGAAAGCUGUCGCAACCUUGGAUGAAGAUAACAUGAGAUUUGAUAUGACCGAAUGAUGAGUAGUUUUAGAUAUUUGGCGCGUGCAUUCGUGUGAAUUUUAGUUGUACUUCAAUGCUAUAGGUUAUAGUUCAUCUAAUAUAGUUAAAGCUAGCUCCGAUUUUGCUGUGUAGGGGCUGCUGUGUUCAUUUUAUCACUGUGGUACUCGGUUUUGUGAGCCAUGGGUUAUGACUAAAAGAAAACAUUUAAUCGUUGAUACCUUAAUUCUGAUG